CCCUUUCGUCAUGCCUCUUCCAUGUUUAUCCCGCCCUCAUACCAUCGACUGUGCCCUUUAAGUUUCCGAAACAUCGGAGCUUAUCCAUUCCAUCGUCCCUUAUACACCCCUCCCCUUCCAACCUUCUCGAGCUCUUCAAACUUCUAGUUCACUUCAUUUAUACUUCAUCAUCCGUGAUGGGGCUCAGAAGUGCGCUGGUGGCCGGGGUGGCCUUUGGCAGUAGCUUAGUCCAUGCCGCGUCAAGCUUUAGUCCUGCAAGACCACCUGCUAUCCCCUUAGCUGUCAAAGGGCCGUACCUUAACUCGUGGUUAGACGUCGGCAGUGAUGGUGGGGACGGAGGCUAUCUUGCCGGCCAGUGGCCGGUGUUCUGGAGCCAGCAAGUCACGGGCUGGGCAGGCUUCAUCCGCGUAGAUGGAACGGCAUACAACUGGCUGGGCGCACCGCCCGGUGCAGACACGGUGAACCAGACUGAAUUCUCUUACACAUCGACACGAAGCUCAUUCGUGAUGAGCGUGGGCGGAAAAGUUGAGAUGAACAUCACGUUUUUAACACCCGUGACGCCAAACGACUUAAAACGACAAUCUCUAGUCUUCUCUUACCUCGAAGUUGCCGUUAGCUCAUUGGACGGCGCCAGCCACGAUGUUCAAUUGUACGCGGACGUCUCAGCAGAAUGGGCUUCCGGUGAUUUGAAUGCCAUCAUCGAGUGGGAUCAUAACUCAGCCGAUGGAGUCGCAUACCAUCAAUUUGCCCGUCAGGACCAAGAACCUAUUUCCGAGACGAACCAGCAGCCCAAUUGGGGUACCUGGUUCUGGUCGACCAAGGACGUCGACGGUCUUACAUGGCAGAGUGGCGAGGAUACUGUUGUGAGAGGCGCGUUUAUUGACAAUGGUGUUCUUCCAAACACAAAGGACUCCAAUUACAGAGCCGUAACGAACAAUUGGCCGGUUUUCGGUUUCGCCAAUGACCUUGGUUCAGUCGGGUCCGACGCUGUUUCGACGUUGUACUCGAUUGGUAUGACCCAGGACGGUGCAAUUAACCUGCUCGGCGAGGGAAGUAACCUCACGACUUACCCUGCCUUGUGGAACAGUUAUUUCGGCUCUGAUAUCGAUGCUAUGACCUGGUUUUAUAACGAUUAUGAGGAGUCCUCAAGCAUAGCUACAGAUCUGGAUAACCAGGUGGCUUCGGAUUCGAUAGCUGCGGCAGGACAAAAUUAUUUGACCUUGACUAGUCUAAGUGUCAGGCAGACUUUCGGCGCUCUGCAAUUCACCGGGACGGACUCGGAUCCCCUUGUAUUCCUCAAGGAGAUCAGCUCCAACAGUGACAUUCAGACUGUGGACGUCAUCUUCCCCGCCAUGCCGCUGAUCUUAUACAUGAACCCCGCCAUCCUCAAGUACAUGCUGGAGCCGCUGUACCUGAACCAGGAGAACGGCCACUACCCCAACACUAACGCCAUUCACGAUCUCGGAACCUUCCCCGUUGCUAAGGGUUACCCCGACGGCUCUGACGAGCCCAUGCCGCUGGAAGAGUGCGGCAACAUGAUCAUCAUGACUCUAGCGUACGCGCAAAAGACGGGCGACAAUGACUACCUCACUCAGCACUACCCCAUCCUAAAGCAGUGGGCUGGCUAUCUGGUCGACGAGGCGUUGAUUCCCGCAGACCAGAUCUCGACGGAUGACUUUGCGGGCUCGCUAGCUAACCAGACGAACUUAGCGAUAAAGGGUAUUAUUGGACUACGAGCCAUGUCCGAGAUUUCCAGCCUGACGGGUAACACCGAUGAUGCAAGCUCGUAUCUCAACACGUCGACAUCUUACAUCUCGCAAUGGCAGGGCUUCGGACUAAACACGGCGGCCGACCCGCCUCAUGCAACUCUAAGCUAUGGAGACAAUGACUCGCAUGGAUUACUCUACAACUUAUACUCUAACUCUCUACUUAACUUUGGGGACUUCGUACCGCAAUCCGUAUACGACAUGCAGUCUAAUUUCUACCCGACGGUAGCCCUCGAGUAUGGUAUUCCUCUCGACACGCGCCACACUUACACGAAGACGGACUGGAUGAUGUGGUGCGCAGCUAUCGCAAGCUCUGACACCAGGGACACAUUUAUAAAACUAAUCGCAGGCUGGAUCGACAGCACGCCGACCAACAUGGCGCUGACGGAUUUAUACGAUGCAGUGUCAGGAGACUACCCCAGCGGCCUCCAGUUCACAGCGCGGCCGGUAGUUGGCGGCCACUUCUCGCUACUGGCGUUGCCGUCGUAGGGAGUUCUCUAGAGGAAAACGGGGGCAAUAAUCUUUUUUUCAAUUCUUGGGGGUUUUAUUAUUUUCUAAUUUUACGAGGUUUUAAUCUCGCCUCGAAACGCAUUUACAUACAUAUUUUCUGCAUGAAAGAGAGGGCAUUGGGAAAGGCGACAGGGCAAAACUACCUAAAGCUGUGCAUUAACUCAUAAUCCUUCUGUUCAUUUUUUUUUCUUCUUUUCUAACUCUUAUUACCUAUUCUUCGACACGCUUCGCUCUCGUCCCCGUUUUACUACCAUGGGGGGUUUUACUAACUUCGCAACCGUCGUUCUGCCCGGCUCCUCCUUACCACGCCCGUGCGAAGGAACCGCGCUCAGCUCUUCUGAAUCUGAUAUGUUCAUAUUUUGAUACCCACAUAUUCUUUCUUAAGUCAUGCCGCCUGGUCCGAGUCAAGGGAGGGUCGUGAUCAUGGGCAUGGUGUACGUGUCUUACCUUCGGAUGGGUAGACGAUGAGACAAUAACAAAGGUCCACGAGGAAUAGCGGCGUG